GUCAUGGUGCCGUCAGUUGGUAUCCAACCAUGAUUUUACAACCAACAACCGUCGAACUAACGAAAAUCCAUUUCUACAACCGCGAAAUUCCGACGAUAUCGCGCGAAAUCUUCGACAAUCAAAUAAACAAUACCGUCGUAAUUAAAAAAAAUCUCUUCAGACAUAAAUGGGUGCUCAAAAUCAACGAGAUCGGGGGCGGCCGCGAAAAGUUCCAGUGGCGGCUCGUGGUAUACGUUUUGGGGUUGAGUUGUCUUGUGGUGGCAGUGGUCUUUGGAUUGUACUUCACAUUCGGAAGAGGGACGAAAAGAGUGGAGUUCGGGACAAUUUUUACUUUUGUGAAGGAGACGAACGCUACUGAGGCGGCGGUGGAAUUGGUGACGGAAGUGGUGCCAACUUUAAACUUAACCACGCACGAAAAACAAACCCGAUGGAAGUUCUGCCAAAACUGUACGUCACGUGACCACAUCUGUUUAAAACAAUCGGAAGUGGAUAUUCCACAAUGUGUACAACCGUUAGAUAAAAAAGACCCCACCGGCUGCGGUGGUUUUUGUUCGAUUAAUACUCAGUUCUGCCAACUCCUAGACAAUCAAAGCCGAAUUUUUCAGUGUUCUAAUCUUAAAAACACCCUAAAAUGUCCACGCAAAACCUUCAACUGUGGAAAUAUGUGUAUCAACGAACAUAAAAGAUGCGAUGGAAUUAUACACUGUUCGAACAAAAUCGAUGAAAUGAACUGUGAUUGCAAUCUUGAUACACAUUUCCGAUGCGGAAAUGUGACGUCUUGUCUUUUGAAACUCAAGAAGUGCGACGGUUUCGUGGACUGCUGGGACAAAAGUGACGAAAUUGAUUGCAAGCAAGGUUGCAAAAACAACACAAUCCCUUGCCUUAACGGCGACUGUAUACCCAAAGAAAACUUCUGCGACGGAAAAUACCACUGUCCCGACCGUUCCGACGAACCUCAAGGCUGCCAACUAUAAAACACCAACUUCAUAAAUUACUCUGUUACUGUGAAGGAAAUGAUCCCUUAGUCGUUGAUUAAAUACAUACAUUAAGCAUU